CCGCCGUUUAUAAAUGGCCUCCCCGCACCCUGCUUGUGCGUGCUCCCUAGGAGCGCACAGCACUGCAAUCCGGUGCCCGCUGUGUCCUCAGGACACAGUGGAACACCGAUCGUCGGACGGGACCUCUGUACGAGGUCCCGAUCAUGUGAUCACUGAUUGGCCAAUCAGUGAUCACAUGCAGAGUAGUAAGCAAGAUGUCACUUCUGACAUCAUUGCUUACUACGUGUGAAAUCUGUGAAUGAUCACAGAGGUCACAUGGUACAAGGCAAUUCACAACAGCCUUGUACCAUGUGACAAGCUGUGACCAAUCACAGCUCACACAGUA